AUGACCACCAAGAGCUCUUCGGAGGCAGCAUUUGAAGAUUUGACGAAGUUUGAGAACACCGUACUUUACGGAAUCGAGUUGUACGACAACUUGGAAUCAGUCUUCAGCUAUUGUUUUGGAGAAAAGAAAGUAAUUCUCGAUGUUGUUUCUACCAUAGCAAAUGACUUCAAGCUAUUAAAGCCAUGUUCAGACAAAGUUUUGAGUUUGCUCGAGUUUGCUGAAACCGACAUGAAACCACUACUCAGAGAUAAAGUGGCUAAAAAAAGUAUAUCCCGUUCAAACGAAAUUUUAUUAGCUGAGAGGAUCAAGCUCUACUUUGAAGUUUAUAGAUGUCGACAAAUAGAGGGUAUCAUACCGCCAUCGAUGCUACUACAGUUUGACUCAACAAUGGACGUAAUGGAGGGCAUCAUCAACACAUUUGAAUAUCUUACGAAAGACCAACUUUCUGAAGGAAUUCUGCAACAUUUCCAACAAGACUUCAAAGGAACUAAACCUAUUACUCCGAUAUAUAUGAGGGAGGAAGUAUAUUCAAAGCCUGAUGUUCCCAUCGUUGAUAAUGUGGGUCUGUUUGUUCAGAAGAUCAAUGAGCUGGAGAAGAAGUUGAAGAAGAAAAACUAUGAUAAGAAAAUUAUGGAUAAUAUUCUUAACUCGGAAUCAUUUCAUUCGUUCACGCCUUCUACGAAGUUCCCUACCAAGAUAUUCACGAAAUUGUUACCAUACUGGAAAGAUAUGUUCAACGAGAAGAAUAAGUGUGGCUUGAAAUUCAUGUUGGUUUUGGAAAAGAUUUUUGGAUUGUCAUCUUUAGAGGAUAAGAAACUCUUUUUCACUGAAGUAUCUGAGAAACUAUGUUCUACUUCUUUGUAUGACCACAGAGACUACAUUGAGAAUUUUUCAACUCGCCUCGCUCAAGCUAUAAAUCAUCUUGGCGAUCAUCAAGAUUUAGUUUUACAUGCCGAAAAGUUUGCAGAAAUUCAGAGCCAGCUGCUUUUCUUCAUCAUCAUGUCUCCAUAUCACUCUGUUGAAAAGAUACUCCGUCACGGUAUUGAGAACAAGUGUGUAGUCCCUGCCAUCCAAAAGGUUUUCCAAGCAGCGUUUCCUAUGUUGCAACUCUCUUUCAAAAAACAAUCAGAAAAUGCUGAGCCUUUUUUGAUAACUGUGAUCAAAGAUAUUUUCGAGGAGGAAAACAACAGGUUCAAAUCGCCGGAGUUUCAGGAUGUCUUUGUCUAUCUGGUGACGUCUCUAUGUCGACGCAAGUUGUCCGUUCAUAAGGAAAAGGACUCUGAAGGUAAAGUAAAGGAAUCUUAUGGAGAUGUUAUUGAGGAAGCUAUACUCAGUAGCUCAUCUCUUUUCCAGCAUUUCAUAUUUCAAAAAAUAUUGUCACAAGACGCUGAACGCUGGGUUCAGAUGACUCUAUUGAAGCUCAUCCUGAGAGUUCUACAGAACAUUGGAGCGAAAACCACAGCUUUGAAGUGGAGCGAAACAUUAGGCUAUCAUUGGAAACAAGCUGCAUGCGUUCCUGCUCCAGAAUUUCUACUUCUGAUUCACUGUUUAUACAACCAAUAUGAAGGAACAGAUCAACAGAUGGCCGACUUGUGUCGAUCCAUUCUUAAGGCAUUCGGGAAAAAAUUGCAGAAUGAUAACAUUGUGUUCCAUCCUCUGACUUCCAAGUUCAUCCUGGAUAGAUUCAAUCAAUAUCCAUGGUUUGUAAAAGCAACGUUAUGCAACUGGUUUGAUACAACUUUGGGAAGUCCCAAAAUGCAGAUUCCAGCAGGACUCUUUAAAGCAUUGCCUCUGAAUGUUCAGGAAAACUGCGAGCAAAUUAUUGUGGAUUUUGAAUAUGCUCCGGUUAACUGUUUCUUAAGAUCAGUUUUCGAACUAGCACUGUUCGAUGUAGACAUGGCUCUGGAUUUGCUAAAAGAAGGGUUGAGUCUUCCUCCUUCUCCAGUUCUUCUGUUGGAGCAGAUUGCUAUCAGCUUAGUUGAGACCUUCGGAAGAUCUUUCGCUCCUAAUAGGGUAGCUUCCUUGACCCCUGUUUUGAACCGCUUCAACGAGUUACUCGGGCCGUUCGAAUCGAGUCAUUCCUUGAAAUAUCUCAGCAAUUUCACCUAUUGGGGACUUCAGUUCAUCCAACCUAUACUUAUUGUAGCAAGAGCUACUCAAAUAGCCUUUUACAGAGCAUCUCUUCCUAAGGAUCAGACAUCUAUUCCCUUAUCAGACGCCUCUUUGGAUAAAGUGGCUGAUCCAUUAACUGUAGCUGAAGAGCUUCUACAUGGUUUCUGCGAUAUGACCAGAAUACAUCUAGAAACAGAAAUUGUGUUACUCAGAAGAAAUAAAAACAAUAUGACAUCUUUGCCAGGAGUGAGCGAAGAAACAAUGCUGGGAUUGAGCAGACAAAGACCUGCAAUUCUCUCAUUACAGCUGAGUGUAUUAUUCAAUGAAGCGAUUAUGUUCACUCAACUUUCCCAGCCGAAAGUAACUCCCCCACUCAAAAUUUUGAUCUCAAUGCUGUCUGAUUUCAUUACGGAAACAACCGAGAAACAGAAAACAAAGUACUUAGAUGAUUUGGAGAUACCCAACGUCAAGUCCUGGACAGUCUACGCUUAUGCAUCCGUUUAA